AUGGCCCCUAGCUCACGAGGCUCUGUAUGUCCUCUCCUUCUGCUAUUGCUGUUGCUGUGCCUAGGGGCUGGACCUGCCUUGGGCAGAAACCUUCCCAGGCCACUUGAGGAUUCAGAACCCCAUUUGAUCUCAUCAGAGCCACAGACCUUUGACCUCUUCUGGGAGAAGCUGAGAAAUGAGAGUUCCUGGCACAGUGGCAUUCCCCAGGCCCCUUCCGAUAGCCUCGAGAGGCCUGCAAACUCUCCCCUAGGACCAGCCCUGCGUGGACCCAAAGCAGCCCCAGAGGGCCAGGGUGAAAGACUCCUAAUAGCUGAUGACCUCCAGCUGGCCCGAGGGCUUACCUCCCAAGGCUGGACAGGACCUCCUGGCUCACAGGAACUUCUGGAGCCAGAAACACCAGCUCCCCACCCAGUGGGAGCACCCCAUCUCAUGUUUAUUAAUACAACUCACAGCCCUCAACUCAGGAUAGCCACUCUUCCCACUGCCCCACAGAAGCCUGGAGGCCAAGCAGUACAACAGCCAGCUAGGAAUGAGGGUCUAAUGGCCAAAGCCAAGAACUCCAUCACACAGGCUUCCCCCUGGGACUACCAGAACUCUCCUCACACUCUGGUACCCGAGGCAGGUGCUGUGAGGCUAGUGCUGGGGAAGCAGGGUGGGCAUGAAGAGGGCUUCCAGGAGGCUGUCCAGGGCCCCCUACUCACCCAGCAGGAGCCAGUGGUCCCUGAGGUUGGCUCAACAUCCCCAAUUGAGGUGGCAUCCACUCAGGAGCCUGGAGCCCAACUAGACCUGGCAUUGGCCAGAAGCCCUCCUCUUCCAGAGGGGCUGCCAGCUGAGCCCCCCAAAAAAGCUGGAGGUGGGGAUACCUGGGAAGUCAGCUCUCUGGGACCCCAGCCUGAGCAGACUGACCUCCUUGCUGGACAAGACUCCCCAGCACCCCAGCCAAUACCACCUUCAACCUCAGACACUUCUGAUGGGCAGCUAAGACCAGCAAUAGCCUCAAUGAACGGAGCAGACCCUAUCUCCCCACAGAGAGUGAGAGGAGCAAUGGAGGCUCCAGGAACCCCCAGGUCCUUCAUCCCUGAUCUCCCAAACUCUGCUCAAGCUGCAAAUGGAACAGAGAGCCCUGUGAGAGGCCCACAGCCAGAUGAAGCCGAGGAAUGGCCGGGUCGCCCACAAAGCCACCCUCCAGCACCCCCUGUCCAGGCCCCCUCGACAACUCGGCGCGGCCUUGUUAGAGUCACUACACAGAGAGCUCUGGGCCAACCACCCCCUCCGGAGCCCUCAGCCAGCUCCAUAGCUCCAGUUCCAGCUUCUAGCCCCCCAGCCAAUGCCACUGCACCCCCCCUGCGUUGGGGACCUCUGCGGCAGGUGCUGAGUUUUUCCUGGGAGCUUCAUGUCUAUGGGGUGGGGGUGCUUUUCCUGCUUCCAGCAUUAUUGGCGUUAGUCACACUGGCAGCUGCUCUAGCGGGACCCCGAUUGGCACUAGUGGCUGCCGUGCUGGUGUUGGUGGCUUCAGCGCUGCGAUCUGCCUACAUGCUCACCGAUCCUUAUGGCUCUCAGGCAAGGCUGGGAGUACGUGCUGGCCUGGUGCUAUACAACCUGCCCUUUCCCUUGCUACUCACUGCACUGGCAGCACUCACCCUGCUGGGCCUGGGUGCUGGGCUGCCACAGCCUCUGCAGAAGCCGCUCCUGCUGGGAGCCGUGGCACCGGUGCAUACUGCAGGUUUGUUGGUCACAGACCUGUUCUCCACCAGGCCUGUGCUCAACCUCCUGACACAAGGCUUUUCUUGCGCCUGGGGCGCAUCGGUGGCUCUGGGCACACUCUGUCUGUGUCGUCGCCGCCUACUGGAAGGCCCUCGGGGCUGGGAUGCCAGUCCAGGUCCACGGCUGCUGGCUGUGGCAGGCUCGCUGGGGCUGCUGGCCAGUGGUCUGCAGUUAGCAGCCUCGCUCUGGCUGUACCCAGGACCUGGCCGGGAGGGUCGCUUCUCCUGGGCCUGGUGGGGUGUGCAUUUCUGGUUGCGUCUGCUGGAGCUGACCUGGGCACUGGCCCUGGCGUUGGCCGCCCUGGCCGCCACACGUCCCAGGCCGCCCACGGAGCAUGCUUGCUGGGCUAAGCUGCUACGCCUGGCAUGUCCCGCGCCCACGGGCAAGAGCGAGGUGCCCGAGAGACCAAACAACUGCUAUGCGGGGCCCAGUGGCCUGGCCACAGGAGGCCUGGACAUCAGCAAAAGCCUCAUUCGCAACGCUGCGGAAGCUUCGGGCAGUUCACUGGACAGCUUCUCCAAGGGCUCGCUCAAGAUCAGCUGGAACCCGUGGCGUCACGGGCUGUCGUCCGUGGACAGCCUGCCCCUAGAUGAGCUGCCCAGCACGGUGCAGCUGCUGCCAGCGCCUACCCCAGCCCCUGCUCCUGCCCGGGCCGGGGAGCCUCAGAGCGAAGGCCAGCAGCGCUGCAAGACCAGCGAAUCUCGCAGCGCCUCCAGUGACACUAUAGAGCUCUGAGCGGCUGCCAGGGAGGACUUAGACCCUCACCCCAAGGUCCACAUGAAGUUCCUGAGCCAAGACAGUUAAGCGUUUGAAAAACUGGUCUUCUGGGGCCUCCACCUGACUGCAGCUCCCGGGGAAAGACAGGCUUGAGUUCACUAGACUCGUUUUUUUUGUUUGUUUUUAAAUAUUUCUAUUUUUUUUUCAGCAGAUAUUUUGCACAGAGGCCGUGAGUUACACGGAAUACAGGGUGGACGUGCAUGGUUUGAGCAUGGGGAACAGGGACCAGGUACUCCUGAUUCCCCAAUGUGGAGAGAUGCACCUCACUUGUCCAGAUUGACUGUCCUCUUUGUGCCAAAGAAAUAAACCCUUCAGAGUAGGCUCAUGCCUCCCUCUGGUCAAGCCAGGGUCCUAUACUCCUAUAGGAGAAACAGGAACCCCUUCCCCGCAGGAACAAAGAGGCUUCCUGGGGAAAGUUGCCUCUGGCUUUAGUAGGGACAGCAUCCACCACUAUCUCACUAAAAACCUGUCACUGUGCAGUCCCACCUCCUGAAAUCCCCACCGUAAGCCUAACUGGAAAGCAUUCUGCCCACUUCAGAAAUGAGAAAAUGAGGUUUGGAGGUGGCCUAUAUUAUUAUUUGGGUCCUGCAACAACAUCUGAUAUUCAACCCAGAAAGAUCAAUUCCUAAGCUGGUUCCUUUGUCAUCUUUCU